GUGCAGUUUGUGUGUGUCAGCGAUGUCACACUGGAGGAGUGUGUGAGCUCACACUAACUGGAGCAGAACCGCAAGCUUACGCCUGGUUUAACGUACUUAAUGAUUAACAGAGAAGGGACGGAGAGAGGGACAGACAGAAAGAGAGAAGGGGAGAGCGAAAGAAAGUAAGAGAAGAGGAAAGAUGGGAACAGAGGCGAGGAGUGGCAGGCUGCCGGGGAGAUGCAGCUGGGAGUCGAGUCCAACGGGUGGAAGUAUGAGGAGAACGUUAAGGAAGCAGAGGACUUGUGACCAGCAUCACCCAGCAGUGGGACGGGGCCCAACCUGGGGUCCAGCUCGCCCCCACGGCCGGGCCAGAACCGCUCCUCCCUCUUAUCUCUCCUUCGUUACUAAGGCCGUCCUGUGGGACAGAGGACUUUACCGCCACGCACAGGACCCUCCUCCAGCAGACAGGUCGGCAUGUCCAUGCCCUCGCUUCCUGGCCCACAUGAAGGCCUGUCCUGCAGACCUCAGACCACCCCGUUUCCUGAGCUCUUACCCCAGAAUGGAUUUUAACCAUCUGAGGUGCGCACCAGUGGAUAGAGCCCAGAGGGUGCUUCGGACCCGUGACUACGCAAACCCCCAGUUCGUCUUGUGGCUCCAGUCCACCAACAGGGGGCAAUUUGCUGAUGCCGUGCCCCGCGUUCCAGCACCCCCUGCUCCCAGGAGGCCAUUUCCUGAGGUCCCUAACUCGCCAGAGGACGUCUCUCACACCACAGCUGUGAGUCUGAAGACUGCCCUGCUCCCCCCAGUGCCAUCUGUCCCAGCAUCUCCCUGCACUACAGCUCCUCAACCAGAGGAGGUGGAUGGGGGGGCAAAGAGCAACAGAGCUUUCAGGAGUCCCCCAAGCCUAGAACGUGAGGACACCUUUACUGCGAUCUCUGGAGGACCAGACACCUCCAUGAACUCCCUGUCCGACUUCAGCCGGCCAGGAUCCAGUCAGUUCAGCCGCAGUACCAGUUUGUCCAGUAGGGGGAGUAGUGUCUUAUCCGGUGUGAGUAAAGCUGAGGAAGAGGAUGACGUCACUCUGUCCCAACUGCGCUCACAGUCGCCCUCCAGUACGCCUACAGGUCCUGCCCUCCCACCUCUAGGAACCAACAACAAAUCACCCCCAGUCAUGAUGCUUGGCCUCCGUAACGAGGAACCUACAUCCCCACCCCGGCAGGAACCUGAGCUCUGCAUGGAUGUGAGCUCUGAUGGAGGUGUCAGCUCCACCCCACAAUCUUCUCAAACCAUAUCUGGUCCAAAGUUGGCAUUCCUGCCUUCCAAGAAGAUCUGGCAAGAUUCUGUGCCUCCUCGCUGGCCUGUACUGCCCCCAAUAUCUCCCUUCAGAGAUGGUGGAGAGGUGGGGGGGUCCCCUUCCUCCAGCCUAAGCCCCGCCCACUCCGACGCCUUCGACGAGCUGGACGCCCUUGCCCCACACGCCGGAUCCGAUCUGUCCCAGGAGAUGUCAGGGGAUGAUCCAGACCACAGUCCAUCUGCUGGAGAGCUGUCACAGCUGGCGGCCUCCCUGGCUUUGGGCUGUGACUCGAGCGAUUCAGCAUCCCUGUCCCACAUACGGCUCCUUCUCCUGGAACGUCACCCUCCCGUGGGGUCCAUGUCCCCCCCAACACCAGAGCAGGCGUCACAGAAUGACGAUGACGAGGGACUGGAGACGGCAGACGGGACCCAAAGUGCUCUCGGAUUAUUCCACUGGGCCACAGGAUCCAGUGCAGCGACAGCCUCCCACAUGGGAGAUGAGGGGCGGGGCCAGAGUGGGCGAGGCCAGAGUGGGCGGGGCCAGAGCAGGCAGAUCCAGGGCAAGGAGGAAGCCCGUUCUCCAUACGCCAGGCUGCCUCUGUCAGGAUAUUCCCAGGAUAUUCAGGAUAAUCAAGGUUCUGCCUGCAAGUCCACAGGUCCCAAGCGAGGUUCUAGCCCUCUUUUAGCCCUCGUUGAGGGGGAGGAACUCCACCACGGAAAUGGGGGUCUGGGGAAAGGGACUGGAGCCUGGUGCCUGGUCAGGAGGCCAGACUGGGCGGCACACAGCCUGGAUCAGGAAGCCUGGGACCAGGCCGGGACCACCAGGGCUAUGCACAUCUACUCCAGGCUCCAGGAGGCUGGGACAACUAAACCCAAGCCUGGACAGGCCCCCCCCAGGUUUGAGGACUUUGAGUUCUUGGCAAAAUACUGCAUUUUCAGCCAGGAGAAGCUGGCAACUUACAAAAGGGUCUUUGAGGCGGUUGACCGCGAUGGCGACGGCUACCUCACCUGCGUCCAGGUGCUGCUGGCUCUGAAGGAGGUCGUCCCUCAGGAGGUGCUCUCUGAAGAGGAGGAGAUCUAUGUGUGCCGGGUGAUCACUGACAUCCUGGAGCUGGUGGACUUUCGAGUGGCAGAUGGGCUGACUGACAUCAAGCUCUUCGCAGUGAUCGCCAGUCUGGCACAGAAAGUGGCGGCCCUGGAUGACUUCAUGCGCUCUCUGAUCGGCGAGCUGGACUUCAGGUCCCUGGAGGUGAAGCUGAGCAAAGCCAAGCAGCUCUUCCUGUUCCUGGUGGAGGCCCAGGCCGGAAGCAUCAGUGUGGACCAGCUGCUGGUGGAGCUGAAAGCUGGUGGGAUCAGCCAGGAGCACGAGGAGGCCGUCAGGGCUGAGCUCCGCCACGUCCACUCCUUCGACCUGCUCGACUUCCUGGCGCACCUCCCACUUUUUGUCCUCAUACACAAUUCCGUUGUUUCAAAUCCACUAGAUGAGUCCAGGAACCUUUAACCUCCCGUGAUGGACGACCUCAGUCAAGUCCCUGAAAACCUCAAAAAUGGACAUGGAUUCUCCUGUCUCCCCACUUUGUUUUCUUAAAAAUGUCACCCGCAGAUAUCGCCGGAAGAAACACUCUAAUUUGCAUUGAAAGCUGGCAGAGAAUAAAGUUAAUGCUUCUACCAAUCCGCUCUCAAAACUCGAAGUCAACGCUAACUGUUACUAUAUCUCCAUCACUGGGUAACAACCUCUGCUUUCGUCCAACAAAAUGUGAGAGACCAACACAGAUCAACAAAGAAAUCAUGGAAAUGCUAUUUUUAUUAUUAUGAAGAAGUCAUUCAUUUUCAUAAAUUACUAUUAAAGUUACCUCCUGGAUAUAUUACUUCACUUAUUGUUUCAUUGUUUCCUAGCACACGACAUGUUACCAGGCAAGAUCAGUCAGAUUUUGCUUAAUAAUCAUGGCAGUUAGAAUCCACAUAACCUGGUACAGAAUAUAGUCCCUUAGCAACGGUCUGCAGCCAGUUCAUACCCUCAAACUUCUGCAAAUAAUGGAGAAGUGUGACGUCCAGGACAGAGCAGCUCCUUACAGUUCGUUGAGUUUCAUCAAUGCCUAAAUUAAAAAAUGAUGAUAAUUAAUUGUCGUCCUCUGGAGUGGACUGGAUCGGGAAAGAGACACUGAAAAUGGACCAAAAUGUAUCAGGUCAACUAGGAUCAUGCACGCAAUUUUCAUUUCUAGUCCAAGAGGCAGAGAAGGUGGGCAAAUUCACAGUGCAGACACCAUGGAUUUUUGUCACGAAAAGUUCCAUUUGGCAAUAAAUAAUUCAAAGGGG